CCAGGCUGUCAUCAUGGCUGCUGAGGAGCUGCAGAAGAUCCGAGUGAUCACCGAGCUGUCGAACCAAGCCCUACACGAGUAUGAAAGCCUGCAGAGGAAGCAUGAGACAGCAGCCACGGAGUGCAAGAGGCUGGAGGAGGAGAGAGACAUGGCCAUCAUGGAGCUCAAUGAGAUCCAGCAAGUGUCUCAGAUGGUCAUCGAAGAGGUCAGUGUGAUUCAGGAGAACCUGGAGAUCGAGAGGACGUGUAGAGAAAGUGCUGAAGCCCUGGCCUCAAAGCUGAACCGUCAGAACCGCUCUCUGAAGAGGAAGAGCAUGAUGCUUCUGUCCCACCUCAGCCCAAGCACCCUCGCACAGAUCAGCCUUGAGGAUGAAGAGGACGAGGAAGUUGGCGAAGACUUAGAUGCAGCCAGCAAGGUCUGCCUCUCCCCUCAGUGCCAGAGCACCAUCUCAGAGCUGCAAAGUAAGUUGGAGUUAACGUUAAAGGAGAAAACUCAAGCAGUCACUGACCUUGAGGCAGUGAGAAACCAACUGAGGGAGACCAGAGAAGAACUGCUGAAGGAGAAACAUGAUAACACUGUUUUAAUUGCUAAGACAGUUCAGCAAAAGAAGCUCCUGGGGAAAUAUAACAGAGUGUCUCAGUUUGCUGUGGAGGAAUACAAGACCUUGCAGGACACGUUGAGCCUGGAGCAGAGUCUGAGGACAGAGGCAGAGAACUUUGGCAGAGAAAUGGUGGUCGAGCAAAAGAAGCUGCAGAGACAGAGUCAGAUCCUGAUGCAGAGCACCUCUCCCAGCCAUGCUCUACAGGAAGCCCUCAGCCAGGUCACCAGUCUGACCCACGACCUGGAGACACAGAGGCUGGAGCACCACAACCAGAUAAAGCAGAUGGAGGACAGGCUGAAAAGCUGUGAGGCUCAGAGGGAGCUGACGGCAUUGAGGCGCAAACUGGAGCUUGUGGAGGAGGAGAAGAGGGAGUGCAGUGGCAAAUGCUCCAAGACUGAAGUGGAGGUCAAGGAUCUGCGGUUUACAGUUGAGGAGCUCCAGAAGAAGCUGCAGGCAGCUACCAACCCAAUCCCCACCCCAGCACCUCCACCUCCUCCACCACCACCACCACCACCACCACCUCCUCCUCCGGGCCUCUCCUCCAACCCACUCAGCUCACUGUUGUCAAUGAUCCGAAAGAGAAAGGACAUCAGCACUGACAUCCAACUAGAGGUCCACGACUCCGCCAAGACACCAGACGUGGACGUCAGGCAGCAGGCGGUGGACGAGAUGAUGCAGAGGAUCAAGAAAGGCGUUCAGCUCCGACCAGUCGGCCAGUCAGCUAACAGAGCCAGGAGACAGAGGCAGAGGCUGCCGUCUAAUUCCGCCAUUCAGGAACUUAAAGGAAUCAUGGGGACUUUCAAUAGAGCCUCCCCUCAACCCAAGGUAGCACCUCCGUCAACAAACCCCGACGAAGAGCUGCGGAGGAUCCUGCUGCGACGGAGGGACGCAGUGGAGUCUCCACCGUCUCCACCCGUCACCAGUCUCAAUCAUACCCCCCCCCCUGCAGUGUGACAGUGCCACCAGGCUGAGCUCGGCCCGGACAAGAGUAUCACAGAAAUAAAGACUGGAUGUGGGUGAUGGACACGAUGCAGAAUCAAUGACAAGCAUUUUAUUUUGAUGUUUUUUUGGGCUGAGCGAUGUUACAAUAUAUAUAAAUGACAGAUUGCUUCAGAUUCUAUUGUCUAUCUAGAUUGUGGUCGUAUGGCGCUGCCCUAUACAGUCGGUUUCACACUUGAAGUCAUGUGACUGUAUCAGGAGGAGUCAGUGAUACAGGCAGACGGGUUCUAAGUGAAGUUCCACCUCAGGAGGAGACAAACGAGAGCAGACGUGCAGAUUGGAGACGGAGGUCAGGUGGCAUGUGGACUCAGGGCACAGAUGUUUCAUUGAUUUCCACUGAGGCCGUUAGAUUUCAUUGAAAUGAAGGGCGUGUGUGACAAACCACCUUCUCCGGGUCGGUUCAGCUCUUUUUCUCACACUGAAGGGAAAGCCCGGCUCAUUGUUUGCAGUGAGAGGAAACAGUGAAGCAGCUUAUGCAGCCUUGAGCUUUCGCCAAAGCAGAAUGUGAGCGUGAAUGGCUCUGUCUAGACAAGUGUUAACCUUGUAGCCACCUAGCGAGCAAUUACAGGCCACAGGGGCAGAUUUGGUUUCCUCUGCUCCCCUCACUCUCACUCACACCCCUCAGCCUUCUUAGGCCACCAUUUUAUGAAGGGCAGUGCCUCCUCCCUGCAGCACUCGACCUGUUCCGGAGGAGAGAGGACACGCCAGCCCUCUCACUUCUCACUGUUGAUCUUCAACCAAACCUGCUCAAACCCAUAUGUUUGGUACAGUUACCAGUGAGAAGCAUGUGAUUCAGCAAGAAUGUAGGUUUAGUGGGUUAGAAGAUGAACAACUAUGCAAAGUUAUCACAAGUCAUUCAUGAGGUUCUUUUGUUUAUUGGAUUCAGCAGAAAAGAGACGUCACCCACGUCCAAGGAGCCCCAGCAAGUUCUCAUUAUUAAGUUGUUUCAAUAUAUUGGUUCAAAAAUUUGCUUUUUGAGGUCAACUUUAUUGGCAGGGGAUUUUUGUUCUGUCUUUAAAUUGAUUCCACAGCUUCAUUUCAAUCAAAUCACUAGAGAGAUGAAUUUUACAAGUUGAAUUUUGUCUCUUCCUGCUGUGGUGAAAGUGAUUUAUGGGGAUUUCCUGUCAUUUCUCUGUGAAACUCUCUGUCUCCUACACCUGUUUAGUAUCAUCUUCUACUUCUUUUAUCAUCUUCUACUUCUUUUAUAAUCUACAAUCUCUCCUUGAAGUCGAACCUGCUCCAUUCUCUCUGACUUUGACAACAGUCGUGUCUGUAUCAGAUUUAACUGCAGUGCAUGAUGUCAUGAUUCCAAGUGAAUAAAAUUGACCUUGAUUUUU